AUGCGUUUACCUACAUCUUACUCACCUACGUCAUUUAUAAUCUCUCCAACUUCAAUUCAACAAUGCCAUUGGAAUCAACUCAAAAAGCUUUACAAACAACUUAAAAUUCAUAUUGAAACUUAUAUUCAAUAUCCUGAAUUUCUUCAACAAAUAACAAAACAUCGAUAUUUUAUAAAUGAUGCCACUGAAUUUUUUUUAUUCGUCUCAAAACUUCGUCGUUACCAAACUCGUUAUCCAUUAUCUUUUACUUCUUCUCAAAAUCAAUUCCUUCAUAAAUGUGAAUCAAUAAAACAGGAAAUUCAAGGUUUAGGAAAAGAAACAAAUAAAGAAGGUGAAACUAUAAUGACUUUAAUCCUAGAAAAAUCCGAUGUUUAUUUAAAAUUUGAAGAAUUUAUGGAAUUACUAGAUGAGGUUGAAAAAAAAUGGGGUUUGGUCGAUAAAUUUGGAUUAAAUGAAAGUUUUAGAAGAUUAGGUGAGAAAUGGGUAUUAAGAAUGGAAUUAAAAGAUAGAAUUUGUGAAAUGAGAGAUGAUUUAUUGAGUAUGAUUGCUUUUGGUGAUGAUUGCGAAAUUGGUGUGAAAUGCGUCGUUUUUAAGAAGGAAAUUGAUAUAAUGGAAAGGAAGCUCGAUCUAGUUGUAAAAAAGACUAUUUAA